AUGCUGCGCGGAUUAUGCCGAAGUCGUUUGAAGCGUCUAUUUACCGCCCCAUUGUUUUCUACACGAGCUUUGACAACUGCCUCUGUUGAGGAACUGAUCGCGCACGCCACGCAGCAACAUUAUGCAGGAUGUCGAGAAAAAUCUUCGCGUCACUCGCAGGACUACCAAGUUCCUAAUUCUAGCAAUUGUUUUGGUGAAGUACAUGCGACAGCUGUGGUCCACCCGAACGCAAAAUUGGGCCCGAAUGUCUUAGUAGGACCGUAUUGUGUCGUCGGACCAGAUGUGGUACUGGAGGCCGAUGUUCAACUCUAUAGUCACGUGGUGAUCAAAGGCAAUACACGAGUCGGGAGUGGAACUGUCAUUCAUUCGUUUGCGUGUUUGGGAGACAAGCCACAAGAUAAAAAGCAUUUGAUGUUUGCAAAGUUAGAAUGCAAUGACAUGACACUAGAUAUAGGCAAUAAUUGUGUGAUUCGAGAGCAUGUGACAAUACAUGGCAGUACGUCGUACUCACAGGCACCAACGCGUAUUGGUGAUGAUUGUUGGCUGCUCUGUGGAGCACAUAUAGCUCACGACUCACAGCUAGGCAAAAGAGUGGUGAUAUCAAAUAAUGUAGGCAUAGCUGGGCAUGUGUCCAUUGGAAACGGUGCAAUUAUAGGUGGUCAGGUGGGAAUCAAACAGCAUGUGAGUAUAGGUCCACUGGCGAUGGUGGGUGGACAGAGUGCGGUGGAUGCUGACGUUCUACCUUACGGCUUAGUUGUGGGUAACCGUGCAAAGCUUGCUGGGCUUAAUCUAGUUGGUCUGCGUCGAGCUGGCGUGCCACGAAAUUCAAUCAAGUUACUGCUUCGAGUAUACCGAUACAUGUUUGAUCCACCCAAUUACAGAAAGACGGGAUUCGCACCUGCUCUAGAUUUGGACUUCAAAGACACAGUCGUUGAACGUGCCAUGGAAGCGAAACGGUUUUUGAUCAGUGAAGAAUUUGACGAGCAGCAAAUGCCGCUUGCACAUGAGAUGGUCGAUUUUGUGGUGACAUCUCCGCAGCGCUCUCAAUCGUCCAUAUGUCCCGCUAUAUUGGUAUUAUCAAUUGUUGACUUUCCGGACGAAGGAAUUGGGAGCUUACUAGUUGAACAGAUGAUUCAAGAUACUUUAAGCCCUCUCGCAAACGAAAAACUAGGUAAAUCGCUUGUAAGACAGCAUCGGUUAAAAAAAUUUCAAGCUACGCUAACAGAGGUUCCAGAAGCCAAGUCUCCCUUGCCAGAACCUCUUUCCAAACCGACAAAAAAAAUCUCAAAUCAAAACGACAUGCCGAAACUAUUGACAGCCGAUGAUAACAAUGAGAUCGAGAAUGCUGAUAGACAAAAAAAGAAGCAGACUUUCGAACCAAGUGCUGGCUUUUUACUAUUACGCAGGUGGAUGUCUGAUGCUUCAAUUGUAGAAGCUCCGUCAUUGGCGUGCCGACCGUUAAGCUACUUUUUUGGAUCCCUUAACAGGGCAAUCAGCGAUAAGCACAUUCCUUCGUUAACGAAGCAAACCAAGACACGUAUCGAUGUACUCAAAGCUGUCUCAAAAAAAUCUCACCUCGAAGUGACAAUUGAAUGUUCGGACGAGUUACCUUAUGGAGCUUAUUCCCACCCACAGGUGCGUGUUCACAUCGUAAAUCGAUGCACCGGUCGAGUUCUUUGUCCAUCCCAAACAACGCAAAUGGCCAAGUUCAGCACACGGUUCGGCGACAAAGCGAUAAGUAUGCACAGAAACUUCUUACGUUGGAAUGUUCUAAUUGCUGUUGUUGUGCGCGUCUCAGAUGUUUUCGAAUGGCAGGAAGCUUUAAAUUUCCCGUUUGAUAUAGUCAAGUGUUUUGAUACCGGAACAAUUCUGCUGUUCGAAGUGUUGGAAAUAAAACGUCGUGCGAAAAAUAUCAAUUUUUGUAGAGAAAAUCGAUUCAGCACUUGCAAUGACUAUAAUGAAGGCCAGGAGUGCUCCAAACCAGUCUAUCGAAGCAUUGCAUGGGGCUUCUUUCACGCUAUGACCGAUGAAGGAACCCCAACAAUUGACUCAUUUGUCCUGCCGAACGAAUCAGUCGCUAAUGAAAAGAAGAAAAUGAAGUCUAGUGUCGAUACAUGUAGGCUACGACUUCGUUUAUUUCAAUUUCAGCCGAUGAGCUGUUUUGACAAGUAUCAAGCAAAACUGCAGUGGGGAUGGAGAAAAGACCACUUAACAAUGCCAGCAGUAUUUCUUCAGUACCAGAAGCGCUCGCGUGCUUCCGCUCCAUGUACACUGCACAUUCAGCUACGAGCAUUAAAUGUAGCAGUUUCCCACAAUCAGGGUACGAAAGAUUUAAGCGCUGAAGCAAAUUUUGAUCUUGAAGAAAAUCACGAGUCGGUCAAGAACAAAAGCUUGGCUGCACCAUCUGAAGUUUCAAUAAGUAAGGCUGCCACUUUUGACGCUAAAGCAAGUGGACGCUUCAAUUUGAUGGCACCUUUCGUGAAAAACACUUCUGAGUCGUGCAUACUUCCUCACCGGGUUUUAUAUUCUCUACCAGCUGGAAAAAAAGGCUGUUCAGCUAUCAGCUUUAGUCCAUGUGGUCGCAUUCUUGCUGCUAGUGUAAACUCCGAAUUAGGAUAUUUUGUGGUCCAGGUGUAUAACUUAGCAACCGCAGAGCUCUUCGGUACAGGUCGUGGUCAUCGUGGGGUCAUUUAUUCGCUAGAAUGGAGUAUUCCUUCGAAAGAACAAUCUCGACUUCUUUCGGCAUCAUCGGAUGGUACCGUCCGACUUUGGGAGCUCCCCCCCUUAGCCGCUUAUUCUACAGGCUCUGUGCAAAAUCAUGUGCUCUCGUUGGUUUUCUUGUGGCAGCAUUUUCCUUCAUUUGUAUACUGCGCUAUCUUUUUUCCUAGAAGCAAAGGACAGAUCGUGCUAAGUGGUGCUUCAGAUGGCUACUUGCGCUUCCGAAUCGAGUCAGACAUACCAAAUGGUCAAGCCGAGUAUGCAGAAGUCCACGUGAGCUCUGCAGCUGUUCACUGCGUUUGUGUCGAAGCCAAGUCAGAACGUAUCUUUUGUGGAGAUAGCAAGGGUGAUAUCACGGUAUGGAGGCGUAUAGAAAAUGUGUCGACGUAUAGCGAAUAUCAACGAAUUAAGACUAUUCAAACUGGCCAAGCUAGUAUCACGUCACUCAAGUUACACCCUCGAAAAGCUCACUUGUUGGUCCAUUCGCAACCAAAUGCAAUAUUCCAAUACGAAUUGCGGUCCUUUCUUCUGUUGAACAAGAGUUAUGCUGAUGUUGUCUGUGAGUCUUUGAUGAUCAAGAGUACGUUUAGUCCCGACGGCAGAUUUGUCAUCAGUGGGUCUGAAGACGGUAGGCCACGGGUUUAUACGAGUCUUUACGGCCAACAAAUUCAACGUGGUGUAUGGGGCACCCACUUCUACCACGAUGGCCCUGUGCUGGAUUCCUCAGUGUUUCAUUUUUCUCUCACAGUUUGUAUUGUAGGAGGCAACAGCUCCAUUGUGAUACUUUGUGCCGAUCGAGGUGAUGACGAGGCUGCCCGAGUUGAUGGCUCAGCUUUAAACACGAUGACGACUACAUCGAUGAACAUACAACUCGCUGCUGAUGCUUUUCGAGAAACGAAUCUGCUAGAGUCCUUAAGAGGCGAUCGUGCUCAUCGUAGCCAGCGAGCAAUGAAGCGACGUCAAAAACGUUUGGAACUUAAGCUGGUACAGGAAGCUGACGCUCGUAAGAGAGAUGCCGGUUUUUCCGAGUUAUUCGGAACUUCUCACGAAGCAACGACUGAUGUCAAAAAUCACAUGCGAGAAUCACUAUUUCAUCGCAAUGACAAAAGAAUUCUUUCCCGUCUGUCACCAAGCCAGCUUGAGAUUGCGACACUAGCAUUGAUUUUCCAAGCAACUGGAGGUCGAGUGGCAAAUGAUGACGGACAAACUUCGACGUGGAUUUGUCAAACGGGAUGGGACAAAAUAAUAAAGUGUUCUCAAGCUUUAGAGAAGGAAAACAGGAGCGUUUGUACAUCUACAAUGCAGCAAACGUCUUCACUUGCGUACGGAGUAAUGUGGGAGCGCAAUCAUGUCGUGGCUCUCGAAUUGUCAGGAAAUGGACUUUCAGGGACUAUUCCCAUCGAAAUUGUUCACUUGCGUUUUCUUAAGACGCUGAAAAUACGAAAUAAUCCAAAGCUGCGUGGAAAUCUGCCGGCAGAAAUCUACGCCAUGCCCUGUUUGAAAUACUGUUACCUAGACGGCACCGCCAUUCAGAGUGCAUUUCCAUAUAAGAUAGCGCACUCGUUCCAAAUAACACAAUAUAAACCAGAUUCGAAUUCCUUUUCAGGAUCAGCGCUAGCCACAGUGACUUUCUGCACAGGUGACAAGCAGAGUGGCACCUGUACCUAUUGGAUGGCCGACAUGACAGAGUCUGAAAUGCACAAGUUACACUCGACAGUCAAGAUAUUUCAUGAAAAUACCAAGCAUCAAGCAGGACGCAAGUCUAUUAAAUGCACUGCUAACAAUGCCACUGGACCAGAACGGGCUGCUGCGGCUGUAAAACUUCAGCGUAUCUAUAGAGCUCGUAUUUUACGUACAAAACUGUGCAAAUUUCUUCCCUCGCUUGUUGACACAAAAAUUGAUCCGAUCUCUGGACACACAUACUAUGUCAAUCAUCGAACAGGAGAGGCAACCUGGGAUAUGCCAACGGUUUUAGUAGAGAGAACUGACCGAGAUCAAGCUAUUGACACAAGCAAAAGUUACUUUGAUUCGUUCGAGCAUAACAUUCGAACAGCUUCCGAUGGCUUUGACAACGCCGAUCACAGGAAUGAACCUCCAGAUUUCUUAAGCCGCACCAUUAAAGAGUUGCUAGAACGAUACGGUGCAGAAACAAAGAAUGAAGAUUGGUUUGAGCUUUUUAUCAACGAAUUUGGUCACGACGGCGCAGGAGAAAUUCACCAAGACGACUUUGCACGAAUAUGCGGCGACUUGGGCAUGGCCUUGUCAGCUAAACAAAUUCAGGAGGUAUUUUGCGAGCUUGACCCCAGCAAUGAUGGCCACAUCGAUCGUCUUAAAGUUAUGUCUUGGCUAACAAAGAACUUCAAAUAA